CAGGGGCCAAAGGAGAAAGAGGCUCUGACGCAGAAGGGCCCAUUGCCUGCUGCCUUCUUUACAAUGGAAGGCCCCAACACCAAACACAGUCCUAAAUGUCACAAAGACGCCAAUCCAUGAUAAGGAGGAGGAUGUUUCCAGAUUGGCCAUUGCCAAGGCAGGUCUCUACCCCACACCCAAACCUUACUUGGUUUAAAAGGCGUGACAGCACCUGCAUGAUGGUAGAGAAAGCGAAGCGCAACAUUGCAGCAACAGCGCAUAAUAGACAUCACACGUUCGACAAGCCUUCUCAUUGUAGGGGCGCAUUAGUGUAACAAGUGUGUGUAUCGCAUUGAGAGAUGAUAUAUAUCAUCUAUUAAAAACAAGGCUCAAUUAAACUCUGUACUGGACAGUUAUUUUUGCUUGUAAAAGCCUGAAAAGCUAGAUCUGAAAUAUAUAGUGUCCCAGACAAAGCCAAGAUGCAGAAAGGAUGCAUGCUGAAAUUAAUGUCAGUAGUAGCAAUGUUGAUUUUAGCUCCAGCUGUGGAUGCUGCACCAAUAACCUCAGAAGUACCAGACCUUCAACAGGCAUCAUUAAGAGGUGACAAGAAACCAACAGAUCCUUGGACGAAUGGCCCAGACAUCCAUGAUAUGACUACGUAUUUUGAUGGACAGGAAAUGACAGUGCCUGUAAGACCUUCAGGUAGCUUAGACAAAGCCACAAGCAGUCCACAUUAUCUGGACAAAAUAUUGGCAGCAACUAACGGUCAAGGCCAAACACUGAAGAUUGCUUCAGUUCCAGUUGAUUCUGAUGGACUAGAAAACAUAGUAGCAGCAACCAGUGGUUUGGAUAGCCAGCUUAACCUAGGCUCUGUAAUGGAUGACCAUGAAAUAGAGGAGCAUGCGCCAAUGGAAGAGAGCAGUGUUCACAAACCACUGAAGCUAACACCAGUAAGCGUUAUUUCAAAUAAACAAAGCAAGACUUUGUUAGAGAGCAAAGGUGCUAAGAGAAAUCCAGCCAGCAGCACACCAGAUAGACGAGAGAGGAUUCUGCAUAUGCUGAGUGCUCUCGAGGAGCUUCACAGGUCACUGAACAGUACACUGAACAGCCGUCUCACCAUCAUAACAAGAGGUAAUAGCAACAGUCGCAGUUCAGGAAAAAAGAGUAAAAUGAUCACAGAGGGCAACAUGAAAUCAACUACAGUGUCAUCUGUGGUCAGCAAAGGUGCUUCACCAAGGGCUAGCACUGAUCUCCUGAAUGGAAAGGCAUUCAAAAAGUCUUUGCCAUCAACUCCCAAGAAAACUAACAAGAGAGUUUGCUUCUGGAAAUACUGCUCUCAAAAUUAAGCAUUUCUCACACUUCAAUAUCGCAUUCUAACAUGAGCCCAUGCUCAUCAGCAAACAAAUCUAAGGCCACUUCUAACUGAUGCUUCAACAACAUACUUAACAUGACUUACCCCAGUGACCUCGUAUGACGUGUGUAGCCUCACUGCACGAAAGCCUGUUAACCUCCUUCUACAAGUCAGUGUUGUAUGACAUAAAUAAAACUUUACAAGCAUGCAAAAAAAAAAAAAAAAAAGGUCCUGAUAAUAAACAAAACUUUAUUUUUGUACCUCCCGUUCUUGGUGAUCAUUGUGAAAUAUUAAAGGAAUUUGAAAAGACAAAAGUUCAAAGAGCUCAGGUACAAAUGUAGUUUGCUCUUCAGAGGAACUGCUUUUCUUCCCCUUCAGCCCUUUCACAUUAUCUGAAUGUUUGCUCAAGCUCCAGCCAAAAUUCUCUAGGUGAGGGUCUCUCUGGUGACAAAGUAUAUUUAGUAACCAAUAAACCCAAGCUGUUGA